AUGCUAUUUCUUUAUUUCAAAGAUUAAAAAGCAAGAGCCAUGCAGGAAAAGAAUCAGACAUGGACGACAAUAUAUGAUGAUGUGGUUUUGCCAGUAUUUGUUGAAAGACUCACAGAUGAGUUCAAUAGUGACAAGAUACUGAUAGGAAAAGAAAUAGAAAUAAUAUUGGGAAACCUUGCUGAUUUUUUAACUGGAAUAGCGCUACUUUACUUAUGCUAUCAUAAUGGAAAAUUUGCUUUGAAGAAACGCAGGAAGUAUCAUCGUAAAAUUAAGAAGCAGAAAAAAAGAUUGCAAAGUAAUUUUACUGAAAAUAGUAAUCCAAAUGUAUUAUUCACAUCGAAUCCGGCUUCUAAUAUGAGCAGACCUAAUUAUGGUACAGAGAGUAUAAACUCAAUCCUAAUGAAUCCUACAUCAAAUAAUACAACUGACAAAUCCAAUCCAGUUUUGGGUGAGCAACCAAGAAAAAUAAAUAAUUUUGCCGACAGCAUUAUUAAAAUGUAAUAAAACAUUAACAAUGAUCCAACAAUUGCAGGAUAUAAAAAUACUCUAAAUAAAAAUAAAGGGAAAAAAUAAGUUAGUGCUAAUGUCUCUUUUUAGUUCGAUGAUAAUAGAGGAGAUGAGGAAAGUGACGAAAGUGAUGAAGAAUUAUCAGAUGAUGAUGAAGUAGAUGAGGAGGGUAGUCUCUUUCAAAAAGAUUAUAGCCCUUUAAGCGAUCCAACAAUUCUCUCUGAAUAGUUUUUAACUGCAAAGUAAUUUGAAUCAUUCUUAAGGAGUCUUAAAAGUUUCAAGAAGAUUUAUCCUUAUAGCAAGUAAGAAACACUAUUAAAUCCUGGCUAAGAAGGUAAAAACACUUUUACAAGUCAGCAUAAUCAUAAAGACUUAAGUCAAGGCAGCUCUAUAAAUUGA